AUGGAUAACAUAACUGCCAACCUGAGUGACGCUGAAAACAGGUCGUUGACGUCUGACGACAAGGCGCUGUUCAGCAUUUCUGAGGAAUCCUACAACAACUUCGCUUUCGUCUCAAACGUCUUUGUCACCCCGAUCAUCUGUGUCUCCGGGAUGCUUGGCAACUGUCUCGGUCUAGGAGUGUUAUGGCGGGACACAAAGCAGCAGAAACUGUCCAUCUAUAUCUACUUGUUGGCGUUGACACUCUUUGACACCAUAUACCUACUCGUUGGUCUAAUACGGAGCAUUCCUCAGUACAUCCGUCUGCACAACGAGCACAUGGCUAAUUAUAUAGAAGAACACAUGAAACUCGGCUCUAUCUAUAUCGACAUGGUUCUCGCACACACAGGUACGGGAAUAAUAAUAAUCAUGUCAAUUGAACGACUGCUUGCUUUAGUCCGUCCGUUCACUGUCAAACAUACGUGGCUUUCAAAGUAUCCGCGGGGACUGAUCGGUGUUUGCUUCUUUGUGAACGUAGUUUUCUUGCUACCCUUUCCUAUCUGUUUCGAGGUGGACUCCUAUAUCGGAGCCAGUAACCACACCGUGUACUAUCUGAGGUUUGCGUCCUGGAGCAAGGCGCCCAUGGAUUAUUUUCAGCUCCUGCAAACCUUCGUAGACUUUUUCAUUCCCUGUGUCGUCGUCCUGGCAACCAAUAUUGCCAUCAUCGUGGCCUACUCCCGGAUGCUUAAGAAGCGCGUCUCAACGUUGAGUGUGGUUACUGGCGGACAGCAGGCCAAACUUACCGUGACCGUCUUCUGUAUCACCAUCAUGUUCUUCCUUCUCUCGCUCCCAAACCUAUUCAUUAAAGUAUUGGCCUUUAUUGAUAAGGAGUACAGUUUCGACGGCCGCUACAAGCUGGCCUUCUGGUUGUUUAUCGACAUCAGCAACUUGUUCACGUACAUCAACGCGGCGAACGAUUUUGCCAUCUACAUUCUUGUGUCCACUCACUACCGGAUGGUGUUCUGCGACAUGUAUUGCACGUGCCGAUGGUCGUCCGCCGACGAGUUCAGCUCCGCCACCGGCCUGGACGGCUCUUCCGAACGCCGACCCACAUCUUCAGUUAACGAACGGUUUUAA